AUGGCCAACGCCACAUUCCGUUGGGAAAGGUGCACGCAUUGGUUUGCUUUGCUGUGUGGUCCUGCCAGUUUCGUGGGAGAAGCAGUUGUGGUGGAACCUCGCAUUGUGGGUGGCAGUGCGGCGGCUGCCGGUGCCUUUCCGGGAUUUGCACGGUGGGAUCAAGGGUGUGGAGGAACAUUGAUACUGCCGCAAGUUGUCUUGACGGCGGCACAUUGUCAUUUGGGAACGCCCGGUGCCAUUCGCGUCAAUUCCAUUAGUCGGACAGGCAAUGAUGGAAACGACUAUGACGUGGACUACGUUAGAAUUCAUCCCAAUUACAAUGGCAAUCGCGAAGAUCCCGAUUGGGAUUUUUCUAUUCUCAAGCUCAAAACCAGUGUCCCCACCAGUAUUGCCACGCCGGUGAUGCUCAAUGACAAUCCACUGAUACCGACGAUGCAAGGAGACGCCUUGGUGGCGGUCGAUUGUUACGAUGCUUACUCGAGUCCUCGUAUCAACGAUGCCGCUCUUUGUGCGGGACAAGCCGGAUUGGAUGCCUGUCAAGGCGAUUCUGGCGGUCCUCUCUUUCUGGCUAGCACUGCUAGUAGCCAAGAACAAUACCAAGUCGGCAUUGUCAGUUGGGGAUUGGGGUGUGCGCGACCCGAAUAUCCCGGUGUCUAUGCCCGCAUCAGUACGGGAUUUCCAUGGAUUCAAGCCACGGCGUGUUAUCAUGUCGAUGACUAUGACGAGGAUUUUUGUCAAGGCGCUCAUUUCCCCAUUGACUUGUCACUGGAAGUCGAUAUGUUGCUGGAUACAACGUUGUAUCAAAAUUACUCGUGGGGACUCUAUCAUAUCAACUCGUCGACGACGCUCUAUGAAUCGGUUCAUUCGGAAGACGACACGGGUGUCGUGACAGAAUUGGUCAAUACGGGAGCGGGCUAUAUAUCGGUAGCACGCAAAAAAGAUCGAGAACAACCAGUGGAUUUGCCCGUGCAAGAUCGAGAAGACACAAUACAAGAAGCAGAAGUGCCACCCAAAUGCGAUCCAAUUGCAAUUUGA